AUCAGUUUUUUGGAACGCCAUUACAAAAGAUGGGUAAAGCGGUUUCCUGGAUAAAUUAAUUCUACAGUGAAAGCCGCGGUACUCCUAUUGUGUCUAUGAAACUUUUUUAAUACAAAAGCGUGCAAAUAAAUAUACACCAAAAUGCCACGAAUUAUGAUAAAGGGUGGUGUUUGGCGAAAUACAGAAGAUGAAAUCCUUAAAGCUGCUGUUAUGAAAUAUGGCAAAAAUCAAUGGAGUCGUAUAGCAUCUCUGUUGCACAGAAAAUCAGCGAAGCAGUGUAAAGCACGAUGGUUUGAGUGGCUAGAUCCAAGUAUUAAAAAGACAGAAUGGAGUCGAGAGGAAGAUGAGAAGCUUCUGCAUCUUGCAAAACUAAUGCCAACACAAUGGAGAACAAUUGCUCCUAUUAUUGGAAGAACUGCAGCUCAAUGUUUGGAAAGAUAUGAAUACUUACUGGAUCAAGCACAGAAAAAGGAGGAAGGUGAAGAUGCAGCGGAUGAUCCCCGCAAAUUAAAGCCAGGAGAAAUUGAUCCAAAUCCAGAAACAAAACCUGCUCGCCCAGAUCCAAAGGAUAUGGAUGAAGAUGAGCUGGAAAUGCUGUCAGAGGCUCGUGCUCGAUUGGCAAAUACUCAGGGAAAGAAAGCUAAGCGUAAAGCUCGAGAAAAGCAGUUGGAAGAAGCUCGUCGCCUUGCAGCAUUGCAGAAGCGUAGAGAAUUGAGAGCAGCAGGAAUUAGCGUCUCUCAAAAGAACAAACGCAAACGUGGCGUUAAUUACAAUUCCGAAAUUCCAUUUGAAAAGCGUCCGGCUGCAGGCUUUUAUGACACUUCCACUGAACACAUCGAUCCGCUGGCAGCAGACUUCUCAAAAAUGCGUCAGCAACAUCUAGACGGAGAUCUCCGACAAGAGAAGGAAGAGAUAGAACGUCGUAAAGACAAGCAAAAAUUGAAACAACGUAAAGAAAAUGAUAUACCUAUGGGAAUGCUCAAUAAUCAGGAACCUCUAAGAAAGCGAAGUAAGCUCGUUCUACCAGAGCCACAGAUCUCCGACCAGGAAUUACAACAAGUAGUCAAGCUUGGACGUGCAUCCGAAGUUGCUCGUGAAGUUGCCACAGAAAGUGGAAUUACUUUAUCGGAUAGUUUACUGGCAGACUAUUCCUUAACUCCAAAUGCAGCAGUAACUCCACGUACUCCAGCUGCUAGUGACAGAAUUCUUCAGGAGGCGCAAAAUGUUAUGGCUCUUACCCAUGUCGACACGCCUUUGAAAGGUGGCCUCAACACUCCUCUUCAUAAUUCUGACUUCACCAGUGUUGUACCUGUUACAAAUGCUGUCGCUACUCCAAAUACAGUUCUGGCAACACCUUUCCGUUCUCAGCGGAGCGAGGGUACCCCUGUGAAUUCAUUCAAUACGCCUACAUCAAAAACCCAAGGUGGAGUUGUGGCACCGACACCAGUGAGGGAUAAGCUCAGCAUCAACCCUGAGGAAGCUUUAGAAGGUUCUGAAACUCCAGCUCUUCAAAAACAGACCAAGGAACAACUACGUGCUGGACUUAGUACAUUGCCAGUGCCGCGUAAUGAUUAUGAAAUAGUUGUCCCCGAGGGAGACUUCAAGGACGAAGAAGCUGUUGCUUCCACUAAUAAUGUUGUAGAGGAUCAGGCUGAUGUAGAUGCUAGAAAACAACAAGAAUUAUUAGAGCAAAGGAAAAGAGAUUUAGCCCGUAGAUCUCAGGUUAUACAAAGAGAUUUACCACGUCCGGUAGAUGCAAAUAUGAGUAUCCUGAGACCACUUACUGAUUCUCCAUUGACUGAUUUACAAAGAGCUGAGGAGUUAAUAAAAAGAGAAAUGAUUACUAUGCUGCAUUAUGACGCUACGCAAAAUCCUGUACAACCUAGUACCAAGAAAUCAUCAUCGGCGUUGGCACAGGUGCAGGCGUACUUAGAUCAGCAUCCUUAUGGUCAUUAUGAACCUGAUGAACUUACUGCUGCAAAGACUUUGUUGGAAGAGGAGAUUAAAGUAGUACGCGAGGGUAUGGCUCAUGGAGAUUUAAGUUUGGAUGCGUAUACCACAGUUUGGGAAGAAUGUUUAUCACAGAUCUUGUAUCUGGAACCACAAAAACGUUACACAAGAGCAACAUUGGCUUCCAAAAAAGACAGGAUAGAAGCCUGUGAAAGGAAGUUAGAGGAGAACAGAGCUCACAUGACUCGAGAAGCUAAAAGGGCUGCAAAACUGGAAAAAAAAUUAAAGAUACUUACCGGAGGAUAUCAGACGCGAGCGCAAGGAUUAACAAAACAACAUCACGAUUUGUGGGAUCAAAUCGAACAGGCGCAACUUGAGCUUUCAACAUUUAAGUUCUUGCAGUCUCAAGAGGAAGCUGCGUUACCGAGACGAAUAAAUGCAUUGAUAGAAGAUGUGCACAGGCAAAACGAACGGGAGAGUUCUUUGCAGAUUCGUUAUGCACAGUUACAGGAACAGUUGCAGCAGCUAUUAUUGCAGUAACUGCUUCGUUGACACAGAUUCAUAAUAAUGCUGGGUGUAAGGAACAAGGAGAGACUGGAUUCCAUGAAUCCUCAGCACGCUAUUGUAGGUUGAUGUAAUCGUCAACAUAAUUUCUAUUAAAAAUUUCACAAUUAUAAAUAAUAUAGAGAUUGAAUAAAUAAGUGAGAAUAAAUUUAUCACAAACGCAAGAG